AUGCAUGCCUUCAAUUCUAAACUUUCAGGUGAGGAAAUAACUGUCGAGGGUUAUGAACAUGUAAAGAAGGUAUGGAAAAAAUUCCAAUGUAAGAACUUGCUGGAUUACAGCAUCCUUUACCUAUUGAUGGAUGUCGGCUUGCUCGCUGACAUAUACCUAUCAUGGCGGAACGCCGCAUACGAACAGUUUGGACUAGAUCCUGUGCACUACCUGACUUCCACUUCCCUCUCCUUAGAUGCUUUUUUACAUUCAUCGAAGGUGCGGCUCCCACUCAUCAGCGAUGGGGAGUUAUACCAGUUAAUUACUUCCAAUAUCAGGGGAGGGUUUUGCAGUCUAGUAAACAGACAUGCUAUUGCCUCGAAUCCGCACGUUAACCCGCACCUCAAAGAUAAGAAUUCUAGAGAUAAGUUCAUUCUCUACGUGGACUUCACAUCAUUGUACCCGAACACAAUGGUCGAAUAUAAGAUGCCCUUGGACGAGAUAACAGAACUCGCGCCUCCCGAAUUAGAAGAGUUUAUUGGAAGAGAUAUUACCACGAUUGAUUCGCAAGGGGAAUAUGGAUACUUUAUACUUUUAGAUACCAAAAAGGUGCGGGAUGAUGUAGCGAGAGAUACAGAUGCUUUCCCCCUCGCAUUACAUCACAUGAAUAUAGGAGAUGAGCAUACUCUCAUGAAGCUGGGCCUUGAAAUAGAAUGUAUAAAAAAAGUUUAUAAGUUCAGACAGGACACUUACCUUAGGGAUUACAUAAUGAAGAAUGCAGCGCAAAGAGCCAAGGAAAGUGACCCGGAUAAGCGGAAUACAAUUAAAAUCCUUAUGAACGGACUUUUUGGUGUUACCAUAAAAAAUUCCCUGAAUUACGCUAAUAGAAAUGUUGUAGUAACGAAUGAAGCCAGUUUGUUUAGAAACGUGUCCAAACAUACGUAUAAGUCGCUCGAUAUGAUUAACGAGGAACGGUUCAUCAUCAACCACAACCGCGAGACCGUACUAGCAGACUCUCCCAUUUACAUCGGAUUCAGCGUACUAGAUCUCGCUAAAGAUAAGAUGUACGAGCGCAUUACAAAGACAGGGAAAGGAAAUCUCGGUUUAGUGAAAAUAGAAACAGGGGCGGAAUAUAUCAAAGAAUUCAUUGGAGUAAAACCUAAGGUAUACUCAUACCUGACCGAGACAAAGCGUUGUAAUACUCUGAAAGGUGUGCAAAGGUCCAAACAAAAAAGCAUAAGUCACGAUCAGUAUAAAGAUGUAGUUGAUGAGAAUGAAAUAACCUACACCGAAUUGUACAAUUUACAAAAUAUUAAAGGGACAAUGUGCCUAACAAAGCAGAAAAAAACUGCCCUGUGUCCGUUAGAGGAUAAACGUUUCUACGUUGACGCGUAUAACUCAUACGCAUAUGGCCAUCCUGAUAUAGAAGCAGUUACACCUCGAAGACAGCGAUACGAGGUCAUAACCCCCGAUAACGUAGACGAGGGUGAGGAGCUCGAGGUAGAGGAGGGGGAGGAGGAGGAGAUGAGUAAUCCAUUUAACAGAGAUACAACACCUUCAGCUCCCGCAAUGUGA